AUGCGCUUCACCUCCAUCCUCGUUGCCGGCGUCUUCGCCGUUGUCGCCAGCGCCCAGUCCUCGGCCUCUGCCACUUCCAGCGCCGCCGUUGCUGAGACUUCCGCUCAGGCUGCCAUCACCAAGUGCUUGGCUGCCUGCCCUGCCACCGACGUUAACUGCCAGGCCAAGUGCAUUGCUGUCCCCAGCCCCAACGCUGACCAGAUCAACAAGACCACCGAGUGCGUUGCCGCUUGCGACCAGGGUGACGGAUCUGCCGCUGCCACUGAGAAGUUCGCCAAGUGCCGUGACGGCUGCAUCUCCGAGUACUACUUCACCAGCGGCGGCACCCCCAACCCCACUGGCUCUUCCGGCUCUGGCUCCGGCUCCGGCAACUCUGCCUCCGCUGCCACUGCUACCGGCUCCGAGACUGCUGCCGCCACCGGCUCUGCUACCCGCGCUUCUGGCUCUGCCUCUGGAACUGCUACUGGCACCGGCUCUGCUGCCAGCGGAACCUCUACCGGAAACGCUGCCCCCGCUCUCGUUGGCUCCGCAGCCUUCGGUGUCAUCGGUGUCGUCGCCGCUGCCCUUCUGUAA